CACAUUCCCGUUCCGGAUUCCAUUCGUCUCGAGGAAUUUUGGAGGAAGGAAACGAAAAACUGAAACGACAUGACUGACAUCGUCGACCAGCGUAAAGUCAAUCAGAGUUAUCGCUUUAAAUGGAGCGAUUAUCAGAAUCACCUGUCCGAUGUCGUGAGGCAGCUUCUGGAGGAGGACUGUAUGGUAGACGUCACUCUGUCCGCAGCUGGGCAUCGUAUUCACGCGCAUCGUAUCGUAUUGUGCGCUUGCAGCACUUUGUUUCAAGAAGUUCUCAGUCAAGUGACAGAAGAUUAUCCGACGAUUAUUCUGAGUGGCAUAUCACCUGAAGAUAUAAAAUCGAUUAUUGAAUUUAUUUAUCACGGCGAAGUUCGGAUUCCUGUAGAUAAUAUUAAUAGCUUACUCGAGGCUGCACAGUCGCUAAAAAUAAGUGGGCUUGUCGAUAUAAAUGGAUUUGAGGAAAAAGCUAUUAAAAGUAUAAAAGAUUCUACGGAAGAAACUGUCACAGAAGGAGAUAAAAUUGAAGAAAAUGCAGUUGGAUCUUUGGAGAAUGACUUGCACGCGCAAAACACCAUUGAAAAUUGCAUCUCAAAUAAGAAGAAGAAACGUCGCCGCGAAACCGCAAAGAGAGAUUACAGCGACGACAUGUUGGCUUCUGCAAUUAAUGAUUUAAAAUUAGGACAAACUUUAAUAGAAGCUGCUACUAAGCACAAUAUACCACGCUCAACCCUGUACAUGCGAGCAAAAGCAUUGGGCAUACAUUUAAAUGCAUCAAGAAACGGAUAUCCUGCAGAAUGUAUGAGUGCAGCGAUAACUGCCGUAAUCAGUGGUUCAAGCUUACAACAUGCAUCAGAAAUGUUUAGAAUUCCUAAAACUGUGUUAUGGAGACGCAUACAAAAAGAGGGAUAUCAGAUCUUGCGUCCUGAGACAAAGAGAUCAUAUGCUUUGGACACACGAGAGGCUGCUGUUAAAGCUUUGGAAAGAGGAGAGAAUCUGACAAAAGUUGCUCUAGAAUUUAAAAUACCAAAGACUACAUUGUUUAGAGAUAAAGCACGUCUGGUAGAUCAAGGUAAAUUGCCCUUGUCGUUUUGGAAGAAACGCAAAACGGAAAAUGAGGAAUUGAAAAAGUCGCGAUUAGAAGAAGCUGUGGCAGCUUGCAAGGGUGGCAAAAUGUCGCAAGCCGCAGCAUCUAUGACGUACCAUAUUCCGAAAACUACGAUAUGGCGAAGACUUCAACAAGAGGGGAAAAAAAUGGGAAGACUGUCAAACGUAAAAAAACGACAACAACACGUGAUUAAUGUGCCACAGCACGAUACUGAGAUAAAAAUACAGGAAGACUCUAGUUUUAGCUAUUGUGAGGUUUCUUCGGAGAUACCUAUAACUUAUAUAGAUGAGAAUAAUAUGCCUGAAGAUUCUGUAAUAAUCUUGGCGACAGAGGGAAUGGAGCAGUUGAAUUUCGAAGAAGGAAGACAAAUUAUUGUGAAUGCAGUAUGUCAAGAAUCCGGACAGGAAUACAUUCCGUGUACAAUAAGUAUUGAAGAUAGUUCAAAUUAUUCAGAAAGUGAAAGUUAAUAUUAAAAAUAUAGAUACAAGUUAAAAUUAAUUAA